CACCCUCAAACAAAGAUCCAUCCAUAGCAUUUUCCAUAAGCUUGGCCCUGCGUCAAGAAGAACAAACACGCGAAUCAAGCAGCAAUGACGUCCCACAGCGACCUCAAGCCCAUCAAGGUCUAUGGCAAGGGCGGACCAAACCCACCCAAGGUCGCCUUCAUCCUCGACGAGCUGAACGUUCCCAAGGAAGUCGAGGCGGUUCCGUUCAGCGAUGUCAAGAAGCCGGCCUUUCUCGCCAUCAACCCAACGGCCGCUUGCCCGCCAUCCACGACCCCAACACCAACCUCAUGCUGUGGGAAUCGGGCGCCAUCAUCGAGUACCUGAUCGAGACGUACGACAAGGACCGGAAGCUGAGCUUUGCCUCGAGCUCCCACGAGGCCUACCACGCCAAGCAGUGGCUGUUCUUCCAGACGACAGGGCAAGGCCCCUACUUCGGCCAGGCGGUUUGGUUCACCCGGUAUCACCCGGAGAAGCUGACGAGCGCACAAAACCGGUACCUCAACGAGAUGAAGCGGGUUACGGGAGUUUUGGAGGCUCACCUCGCCAAGCAGAAGGACGAGCACGGGGCCAAAGACGGGUUCGACGGCCCGUGGCUGGUUGGGAACAAGCUGUCGUAUGCCGACCUGGCCUUUGUUCCCUGGCAGAACUAUGUUCCGUUGGUCUACAAGGAGGCUGGCCAGGAGUUCAAUGAGGCUGAGUAUCCGCUGGUGACGGAGUGGCUGGCCAAGAUGAAUGCGCGGCCAUCGGUCAAGGCGGCAAUGGCCUUAUAAUCUCGGGUCGGGGACGUACUGCGUGAUCCUUUCGGUCUAGCCAUUGUGCUUCCUCUAUUUAACCAGAUAUAAUAUAAUCAAACUGCAGGU